UUUUCCAUCCAUUGACUAACGACAAUAAUAAAAAGAAAUAUUUUGGCCACAUCAGCGCUAACUGUGUGCUGAGUCACUUUGGUGGGACUCUGCUGCAAACUAAUUAAAAAUAUUAAUAAUAAAAGAAACAAAAGGAACAUCGAACCCAGCUUUUGCAUAAACAUUCUCUGGCUCUUUUCCCCCCCAAAACCGAACCUUGAAAGAAGAAGAAUCCGGCACAAAGCCGGCGACGAAGGUUGGUCUGGAGUAUGUAAAAUCCCCUCUCCGAUGAUGAUUGAGGAUGGAGAGGGGCGCAUCGCGGAUCUCCACCCCGAGCACCACGCCCCCCAGACUAGCUGAGAGGUCUCUACCCCCAGAUGGCUCCCCACACGAUGGCGGCGCUGAGAUUUGCGGUUGUGACGUGAUUGGGGAUGGAGAGGGUGUAGGACUCAUCGACGCCGUGGACGAGCGGGGCGGCGAGGUUGGCAACGGAGAUGGAGAGGGAUUGGAGGGGGAGUGGCGGAUGUGGAGAAGUAGGUGGUGGUGGGGUCGGAUAUGAGGCGCUAGCGCUCGGAGGAGAUGAGGCGGUGGUAGCGGGCGACGACGAUCGAGAGGUAGUGUUUGGAUGAGAGGGAAUCGAAGUGGAACGUUCGGGAGAGGGUGGCGAUCGUGUACGGGGAGGACCAGGAUAUGGAGGUGGGUUUGGGCCAGACGUUGACCGGCAAGGCUGUGGCAUAAGAAUGGAUCAGGAGGAGGGUGAGUAGGAGGAUGUGGCGGGAGGUGAUUGGGUGAGAGGUCAGGGGAGCCAUCUCGUCGGAGAGGUUGUUUGCCGGCAAGGAAUAUGCUGGGAUCGAUGUUCCUUUUUGUUUCUUUUAUUAUUAAUUGUUUUAUUAGUUUGCAGCAGAGUUCCUCCGAAAGUGACUCAGCACACAGUCAAUGUUGAUGUGACGAAAAUAUUUUAUUAUUAUUGUUGUAAGUCAGUGGAACAGGAGACGGACGGACACACAAUUCGACGACAAUAAUGGUAUUCGAUGCCCUAUUCUAAUAUAAGUGAUAUAGCUCUCACAAUUAUCAAAGUUAAGUGGUACCCGGGAAAAUUUUACCAUCGGAACUAGUGUUGUGUGAGGGGCAAAAGAAUGCGUUCGGCUUAGGUCCUUGAGUGCAUAUGCGAAAGCCUUUUCUCCGUACUGUUGUGAUAAGAUUUGGGCCAGAAGUAGUAAUGUCUUCGUAAUUGAGCCGAAACCGGUAACGGGCCCAUUUGAUUCAGUCGGAUUAGGGUUUGCAAGUCGCACACCUUUAUAAGACAGUCGCAGUUCUUCUCAGUUCUCCGCUGGGUGUGGCUGUUUUUCCUGUAUCCUAAACCCUUGAGAGAAACUGCGAAUCAUGCCCCUCUCCUUGAUAUAUUCCUUUCUCUUGCUCAGUUCGUAUUGCUUUUCAUAGUUUUCAUCUUUUCCAAUCGUUUUUGUUUUAUUCGAUGGAGGUAGUCUGGUCGGGGCCGGCCGGAUAUGAUGAAAGUUGAACAUCAAUUUGUGAUGAAGAUCUGUGGAUCGAUGAAUCAAACAAAUUAUUUCGCUACGUUCUUUCUGAUUCCUUUUUCCCGCCCAACCCUACUUUGUUUUUUCUAUUUCUGUAUUGCUUUGUGCUUUGGUUGGUCAUAGAUGGGCAGUGAUGAAAUCAGUAAAAUCUUAGGACACCUUCUGACACUGGAAACCAGUGUAUGAGAAAGAUUUUCAGUUUCUGAUGCUUUUCUAUCAAUCCAACAUAUUCUUUUAUUCUAAGCUUUUUUCUUAAAAAUGUUCUUUUAGUACUAAUGCUCUGUCGAAUCCUUGUCAUAUUCAAUACAAGUAACAGCAUGAACAGAGUCGCAGCAGCUCUCCUACUUGAAUUGAAUAUGACGAGAUUAUGGUCAUUCUUUUGCUUUGAUAGACAGGGAAGUGGGAGUUAACCUGAAUUAUCUCCUCAGAUCUAGACGGUUUACGUUUGUGAAUUGUUGCUGACUCCUGCUAGAACCUUUUCCCUGUGAUACGUUGAUUUAGCGUUACAUCUACGGGGAGUUCGAAGUUUAUUUAGUUCAAUUAGGGGUUAAAAAUGAGAAUGAUCUAUGCCACUGCCUCUCAAAGAAUUUGGUUAAGUUGACGGCUAGCGGUGCAGCUUAAUUUUGAAGUUCAACAAAAUCAUUUGAGUGGGUCAAUAGUUGCCGAACCGGUGGAGAAAUUGGGUUGUUGACUCAAUCAUUUGGGUCAAUACCCAAUCAUUGGAUCGGUGAUUUGUAAAAACAGAUCCUUUCUGUAUCUACAAUGCUGCUCAGCGAAAGCCUGAGAUGUUUCAUUUCCUUUGUCUGUGGCAUCGAAAUUUCCAGUUUAGUAAGUUCCCGGCUGGCGGUAUAUCUUCGGCGAGCUGCAAUGGACUUUUAUUGGAGGUUUGAAUUAUUGCUGGAUUUGGGACCUAAUUUGGCGAAUUAUGACAAACAUUUUUAUUGAAACGUUUUUAGGUUUUCAAUUAUAUUGAUCUAAACUCUAUUGAUUUCAACGAAAGAUAAAUGUAUUUUGAGUUA